AUGGGCACAGUGGCAGAGUUUGUGGCCCAAUUAAUCAAAUUGUCUUGUCGAGCUGUGGGUUGGACUGAUGAGCUUCUAUUGGGCGUAUUUGUCGGAGGUCUGAAGGAGGAAAUUCAAGAUGAUGUCUUAGCCCUUGAGCCCAAAAAUUUGGCCAGAGCUAUGGAACUAGCCCAAAUUUAUGAAAAUAAGCAGAUUAAGAGAAGGGCUUCAUUUCGGGCAAAUAACACCAAAUCCUUUCAUCCACCUUGUUCUCCACGAACGAAGCCUUACUUCUCUACACCAGGGGUCACCUCCAAACCCACGACAUUUGGAAAUCGCCCAGAAGGACCAACGGUUCAGCGAAAGACUCAAUCUGAGCUACAAGAACGUCAUUUGAAAGGUUUGUGUUUCUACUGUGAUGACCCUUAUGUUCCAGGUCAUAGGUGUAAACAGUCUCGCGUCUUCAUGAUCGGGGUAGAAGGAGAUGAUAUGGGAACUGUGGAGGCAGGUUCAAGGGAAGGUCUGGAUGCCAUAGGCAGGUGUAAACAGUCUCGCGUCUUCAUGAUCGAGGUAGAAGGAGAUGAUAUGGGAACUGUGGAGGCAGGUUCAAGUGAAGGUCUGGAUGCUAUAGAAGAGGACCCGACCCUGACAGAUGACACCUCUGUACAGCUUCAUGCUAUCACCGAUAAGAAAAGGAGUAAAGGGAGAGCCAUGAAAUUAAUGGGGCAAAUUAAGGGCAUUCCCAUUCUGAUUGCAGAGCACCUGCGCCACCCCAUUGAUAGGACUAGUAUUGAAACUGUGGUGGUUGCCUCAGGUAGCCCUCUAAAAACCAAGGGCAUGCUCCGACAAGUUCCAGUCCAGAUACAAGGAUAUGAAUUCAAGCAUGAUUACCGGCUGUUGAAUGUGAUUGGCUGUGACAUGGUGCUAGGCAUGGAUUGGUUAGAAACUUUGGGAUUGGUAGGAUGGCAUUUCAAGCACAGGACAAUGGAGUUUACGGUGGCAAGAUCUAAUCACAGGAUUAUGGGUGCCACAAAUGGCCCAUUACAACCCACCACCCAAAUCUGUCAACUGGGCUCCAAAGAGAACACAGUUGAUUUGAAUUUUCUGAUUCAAGAGACAACCGACCCUAAGCCUAUUUCAGUCUCAGAACCUCUGCCAAAACCAUUACAAAGUCUUCUUAAUCAAUUUGCAGAUUUAUUCUCAGCUUCUACAGGGCUUCCUCCAAAGAGAAGUGUAGAUCACCAGAUUCCUUUACUACCGGGCACGGGGCCAAUUUCAGUCCGACCAUAUCGUUACGCUCAUAGCCAGAAGUCAGAGAUCAAGACUCAGGUUAAAGAUAUGCUCAAAGCCGGUUUAAUCCGCCAUAGUAACAGCCCUUUCUCAUCACCAGUACUGUUGGUAAAAAAGAAAGAAGGCACCUGGCGUUUUUGUAUUGAUUACAGAGCUCUCAACCAGGUAACUAUCAAAGAUAAAUUCCCUAUUCCUGUUAUUGAUGAACUCUUGGAUGAACUACAUGGAGCUUCAUAUUUCUCUAAACUGGACCUGCAGUCAGGUUACAAUCAAAUCAAAAUGAAAGAGGAGGAUAUUCCGAAAACUGCUUUUCGCACUCAUGAGGGCCACUAUGAGUUUCUUGUAAUGCCUUUUGGCCUCACAAACGCACCAUCCACCUUUCAAGCACUCAUGAACUCUGUCUUCUCUGUGGAUUAUCUAGGCCACACAAUCUCGGCAGCAGGGGUUGGGGUUGACCGUAAGAAAAUUCAAUGUAUCAAAACUUGGCCGAAACCUGCCACAGUCAAAGGUCUAAGGGGAUUUCUCGGCCUCGCAGGGUACUAUCGGAAGUUUGUUAAGGACUUUGGCCUCAUUUCCAAACCCUUAACCGAUAUGUUGCGCAAGGAUGGCUUUGUAUGGUCCACAGAGGCAGAAAAGGCUUUUGAAACUCUCAAACAUGCUCUCACUACUACACCUAUCCUUGCUUUGCCUGAUUUCACCAAAGACUUUGUAAUUGAAUGCGAUGCUUCUAAUGGGGGCACUGGUGCUAUAUUAUCACAAGACCGCCACCCUAUUGCUUAUCUUAGCAAGGCUCUUUCUCCCAAGCAUCGAAGUCUCUCCGUUUAUGACAAAGAAAUGAUGGCAGUAGUACACGCUGUGGAACAUUGGAGACCUUAUUUGUUGGGCAGGAAGUUUAAGAUUCUCACAGACCAUCAAACCAUCCGAUAUUUUUUGGAGCAAAGAAUCACUACCACCACUCAAGAGAAAUGGCUGCUCAAACUCUUGGGUUAUAAUUAUGAGAUUGAGUAUAGAGCUGGAAAAAAUAACGCGGGACCUGAUGCUUUGUCUCGUAAACAUGAGUUACUGGCUCUAAUGGGACUCACGUCCCCAAUUUUUGAUUACAUCCCUCAAAUUGCAGCAGCUUGUCUUCAGGAUUCAGCCACUCAUCAACUCAUCUUGAAUGCUCAUCCUUGA